UAAAUCUUCAACUUCCCGUUUGCCAAAGCCGUCUUCUUUAUCAGAAAAAAGAUGCGAGUUCUUAUGAACAGACUAUCCCGAGCUCUCUGGGGAGCUACUGCUUCUUCUUCGUCUUCUUCUUCAGCAUGCGCUUCCACAAAGAUAUCAAGAGCUCUUUCCACUUGCAGUCAAUCCAAACAGUGGCUUCCCUCGGCGUAUCGCGGAUCUCGGGAUUCUCUCUUUGCUUCGCCUUGGUCCGCCACUCAACUCCGCGGUGCCAAAUCUCGCGGUGCAGAUUUGAAGCCAGGAAACAUGAUUGAAAAAAAAGGAAGGAUUUAUCAGGUGAUAAAGGCACAACACACAACCCAAGGAAGAGGAGGAGCUAUUAUACAGGUGGAGCUCCGUGAUGUUGAUAGUGGAAGCAAGUCCAAUGAAAGAUUUCGUACGGAUGAAACUGUUGAAAGAGUAUUUGUUGCAGAAAAGAGUUACACGUACCUUUAUACAGAUGAGGAAACUGGAAACAUUGUGCUAAUGGAGCCUGAGACCUAUGAGCAACUAGAUGUACCAAAACACUUGUUUGGUGAAUGUCAUGUCUUCCUUCAAGAUGACAUGAAAGUCAAUGUACAACUUUAUAAUGAAAGAGCAAUGUCUGCAUCAAUUCCUACACGAGUAACAUGUACUGUUGCUGAAUCCGAAAUUCCUAUGAGGGCAUCAGCUACCCCACAGUAUAAGAAGGUUUUGUUGGACAAUGGUCUUACUGUGCAGGUACCGAAACAUAUCGUAGAAGGAGACAAGAUUAUCGUUAACACCACUGACCACUCUUACAUGAGCAGAGCUUAAGAGUGGCAUUUUAUUUGAUUUCUUCAUUCUUCCGAAUGAGAAGACUGUCGAACUAUUGACAAGCACGGCUUUGAGUUAUAUCUACUAUUAGUUGGAGUUUAUUAGAAUCCAAAUUAUAGUACAGAUGUUUUUAGCAGAGUAUUUACAUGAGAAGCAUAUCCUGAAAAUGAAGUCUAAGCUUAUUGCGUGGGAGAGUAUAUUUAUAUCUGAAUAAAGUCUGGUUGAUAUUGUUGCUGGCUCCUACUCUGUCUAAGCAUCUUUGGUCCUAUGGUUUAUCACUUUAUUGGGGGAUUGUUUCUCGCCGAAUGAGAAGGCUAUUUUUUUUUGAAAGACGCUAGCGUCUGCACCCAUGCUCUAAUAAACAUCAAUCACCAGAAUAUUUCAUAUAUAGAGAUGUUGCUGUAAACUUGAUACUAUGAUGUAUACUUUUUUGGUGUUUUAAUAUGUCUGAAAUAUCAAAUUUAUCAAUGUCGAUGAAAUGCAAUCAAUCUACUCUUUACUUUUAAAAGCUU